AUGCAUGACCUCGUUACUGAUUUGGCACGUUGGGCUGCAGGAAGUUCAUGUUGUAGAUUGGAGGAUAUGCAGAAUUAUGACUCGCAGCAACGUACAUGUUUGCCCAAGAUUCGUCAUUCGUCUUACAUUCUUGGAAAGUAUGAUGGAGUUAAGAAGUUUGAGGUCUAUUCUGAAGCUACAUCUUUGCGAACGUUCUUACCACUUGGGUCACUUUCAAUUCAUUAUCUGGCUCAUAAGGUUACUUCUUAUUUAUUGACCAAACUCCAUUACUUACGACUGCUCUCUCUAAAUGGAUACCGAAUAACCGAGUUGCCAGAUACAAUUGGUGAAUUGAAGCAUCUACGGUAUCUUGAUCUCUCCUACACAUUGAUAGAAAGUUUGCCAGACUCAACAACCACUCUUUACAACUUGCAGACAUUGAUAUUGAAAUGGUGUGGUCGGUUGAAGGCACUGCCCACAAGCAUGAGGAACCUAGUUAAUUUGCGUCAUCUCAACAAUUCAGAUACAGGGUCAUUGGAAGAAAUGCCUCCUCAGCUUGGUCAAUUGACUAACCUCCAAACAUUGCCUGAGUUUGUUAUUGGCAAAGGUAGUGGAUCAGGAGUAAGAGAGAUUGAGUCAUUAUUGCAUCUGCAAGGGACAUUGCACAUCUCAAGACUAGAAAAUGUGAUUUAUGUCGAGGACGCCAGGAGUGCCAACUGCUUAAAGAGCAAGGAAAGGCUUGAAGCCCUAUUUCUUGAAUGGUCUUCUUCGAGUGUCUCAACAGAAGAUGCAGCAAUUGUGCUUGACAUGUUACAACCUCAUAGCAAGCUCAAAAAGCUCACCAUUAAAGGUUAUGCUGGAUUGAAAUUUCCAAAAUGGAUUGGAGAUCCUUCAUUCUCUACAAUGGUGCAGGUAAUGUUAAAAGGUUGUAAUCAUUGUCAAUUCUUGCCACCAUUCGGACAAUUGCCUUGUCUCAAAGAACUUUAUAUACAAGAAAUGGAUGCAGUGGAGAGUACUGGUGUUGAGUUUUAUGGAGAAGGUAACUUGCCGUUUCAAGCUUUAAAGACCUUGGAGUUUUGGAAUCUGAAAAAUUGGAAGAAGUGGUCUCAUUGCCAACAAAAUGAGGGGGUGGGGGUUUUCUCUUGCCUGAAAAGGCUUUCCAUCAGGGGCUGCCCCAAAUUGGAGGGUGAUUUACCGGAGAAGCUUGAUUCAUUAGCACAACUUCAACUAUUUGGAUGUGAGGAAUUGGUGGUUUCGAGUUGA